UAGAAACUCAACCAAUCAAAAUUGAAAAUAUCAAAAGAAAAAGAAUGGGAAACGUUAUGAUUAGAAGAAGCAAAAAAGCAAAGGUGAUGAAAAUAAACGGAGAAACCUUCAAGCUAAAAACUCCCGCUAGAGCAAACGACGUCGUUAAGCACUACCCCGGUCACGCUCUUCUCGACUCACAAGCCGUUAAACAGUUCGGGCUUCGGGCCAAGCCGCUUGAGCCCUACCAAGAACUAAAGCCCAAGAAAAUAUACUUCUUAGUUGAAAUACCCAAGCUUCAGCCCGAGCCAGUGCCACGGAGGGCGCGAUCUACUGGUUUACGUGGCAUGAAUGCUAUGGAGAGGCUCGAUUUUCUGAUGUUGUCGAAACGGAGCGUUUCGGAUGUGUCUUUGGUGAAGCGGUCUAGUUUGGGUGAUGGUGGACCGGGUUUGGUUCGUGAUGGGUCGACUCGGGUGAAAAUGAGGCUGCCGAAGGCGCAGUUGGAUAGGUUGAUGGAGGAGAGUUGCGACGGAACGGAGGUGGCGGAGAAGAUUUUGAGUUUGUAUAUGGGGAAUAAUGCCGCCGUGGAGGGUGGUGGUGAGGUGAAUGAAGGCAAAUUUGAGAUGAAUAAUCAAAGGUCACGAAGAAAACGAGUAAGUUUCAGUCCAGUGGAAGAAGGUGAAAUUCAUGAAGAAGCAGCUGCUCAAUAGUCUCUUCACUUGUCAAUAGUAGUACUAGUUUUUUUAGCCUUAAGAAAGACAUAGUAGCACCAACAUAACCCUUUUGUGUGGGAGCUUCUGAAGCAAGUUAUUUUUGUCCUCAACUCUAGCAAAUGGAUUCAUAGACAUGUCUAUGCAUUUUAACACUUAUAGUACUCAGAUUAGGCUUGAUGUUUAGGCAAAGAUGACCAGAAGUGAGUUUUUUUCCCUUGGUUAUGGAUAGUAAGAAAGAUCAAUUUGUGUGGAAGACUCAGACCUAUGUUUGUAUAGGGAUUUUAGAGAGAAAAAGGAGGUAAAAUAAAUAUUUUCUAUGUCAAUUAUAUGUUUCAAUGAAAGGAAUAAAAUGAUUUUGAAGACUUAGACCAAC